AUGAAUCGUCGCCUCGACGAGGUCGAUUCGAAAGUUCAUCGCGCCACCAGCUCAGCUCCGGAAUUGACGAAAGCACUCGCCGAUACCCGAAGAAGCCCGCUCACCCGCAGGCUCCGCCAGAUCGAACUACACGAAAGAGUUCGACUCAAAAUCGACUCUUACACCGGCGAAGAAGACCCCAAGAAGUGGCUAACCGCGUUCAACCUCGCCAUGAGGAGGGAGAAAUACAAAUCUUACGAUGAAAGGAGGCCAACUACUGUCAAGUAUUCGUCGAGCACAUGGCGAAAGAUGCCUUGA